GAAGUACGAAGAGCCGGCAGGGUCAAUCAGAGCCGGAGCGUUGGCUUCUCGCUGGAUGAUUGGUCGGUGCUCAAAGCUGCCUCCCGCUCUUGAGUGGGGAGAGCAAAGUACCCCGGCGGAGCCGUGGCCCUAAAGACUGAGUAAAGGCCGAGCGGGCUCAUUUCCCCGACCCGACGCCGGCGCCAUGGGGCUUCUGCUGGUGCUGCUGCUGGCCGUGCUGCUUCUGGCGGUCCUCGGCAAAGUUUGCCUGGGGCUUUUCGCUGGCAGUUCCCCGAACCCCUUCUCCGAGGAUGUCAAGCGGCCACCAGCGCCCCUGGUGACUGACAAGGAGGCCAGGAAGAAGGUUCUCAAACGAGCUUUCUCAGCCAGCCAAGUGCCAGAGAAGCUGGAUGUGGUGGUGAUUGGCAGUGGCAUCGGGGGCCUGGCUGUAGCUGCGAUUCUGGCUAAAGCUGGCAAGCGAGUCCUGGUGCUAGAACAACAUACCAAGGCCGGGGGCUGUUGUCAUACCUUUGGAAAGAAUGGCCUUGAAUUUGACACAGGAAUCCAUUAUAUCGGGCGCAUGCAGGAGGGCAGCUCUGGCCGUUUCAUCUUGGACCAGAUCACCGAAGGGCAGCUGGACUGGGCUACCCUGUCCUCUCCUUUUGACAUCAUGGUACUGGAAGGGCCCCAUGGCCGAAAAGAGUUCCCCAUGUACAGUGGGGAGAAAGCCUACGUUCAGGGCCUCAAGGAGAAGUUUCCGCAGGAAGAAGCUGCCAUUGACAAAUACAUGAAGCUAGUUAAGGUGGUAUCCCAGGCAGCUGCUCAUGCCAUCCUGUUGAAGUUCCUCCCAUUGCCUGUGACUCGGCUCCUCGACAGGUGUGGGCUGCUGACUCGUUUCUCUCCACUCCUUCGCGCAUCCACCCAGAGCCUGGCUGAGGUCCUGCAGCAGCUGGGAGCCUCCACUGAGCUCCAGGCAGUGCUCAGCUACAUCUUCCCCACUUACGGUGUGACCCCCAGCCGCAGCGCCUUUUCCAUGCAUGCUCUGCUGGUUAACCACUACUUGGAAGGGGCCUUUUACCCCCGAGGGGGUUCCAGCGAGAUUGCCUUUCACACGAUCCCUGUGAUUCAGCGGGCUGGGGGUGCUGUCCUCACGAAGGCCACUGUGCACAGUGUGUUGCUGGACUCAGCUGGAAAAGCCUGUGGUGUCAGUGUGAAGAAGGGGCAUGAGCUGGUGAACAUCUACUGCCCCAUCGUGGUCUCAAACGCAGGACUGUUCAAUACCUAUGAGCACUUACUGCCAGAGAACGCCCGCUGUCUGCCAGGUGUGAAGCAGCAGCUGAGGAUGGUGCGGCCUGGCCUGGGCAUGUUCUCUGUUUUCAUUUGCCUGAGAGGCACCAAGAAGGACCUGGGUCUGUCGUCUACCAACUACUAUGUUUACUAUGACACGGAUAUGGACCAGGCGAUGGAGCGCUACACCUCCAUGCCCAGGGAAAAGGCCGCAGAACACAUCCCCCUUCUCUUCAUCGGCUCCCCAUCAGCCAAGGACCCAACUUGGGAGGACCGAUUCCCAGACCGGUCCACGAUCAUCAUGCUGGUGCCCACCGCCUAUGAGUGGUUUGAGGAGUGGCAAGCGGAGCCGAAAGGAAAGCGGGGCAAUGACUACGAGACCCUCAAAGACUCCUUUGUGGAAGCCUCUGUGUCGGUGCUCAUGAAACUGUUCCCGAAGCUGGAGGGGAAGGUGGACAGUGUGACUGGAGGAUCCCCACUGACCAACCAGUUCUAUCUGGCGGCUCCCCGCGGGGCCUGCUACGGGGCUGACCACGACCUGGGCCGCCUCCAUCCUUGUGUGAUGGCCUCCUUGAGGGCCCAAAGCCCCAUCCCCAACCUGUACCUGACAGGCCAGGAUAUCUUCACCUGCGGGCUGAUGGGGGCCGUGCAGGGGGCCCUGCUGUGCAGCAGCGCCAUCCUGAAGCGGAACUUGUACUCAGACCUUAAGGGUCUUGCCUCUAGGAUCCAGGCAGAGAAGAAGAAGAAUUAGAAUUAGUUCCGUCAGGGAGGUGUCAGGAAUUUGGCCAGUGGCUAGGGCAGCUCCCCCGACUUCCCAUGUCUUUCUGUACUAGUUCCUUGCACAUGGAAAGCACUCUAAUUUGGUUCUGA